AGUCAAUGUAUCACAGUCAGUUUCUUGUAAGUGUAACUCCAGUCCCAAUAUUGAUAAAUAUCAAAAACACUUUAUGCUCUUUGAUGUUUGGCUGUGCAUAGAUUUGCAUAAAAACUAGGGUGAGGAAGACGAUCUCCAAGACCAACAGAAAUUGAUCCUACAGGGAAUUAUGUUGCCAGUGAAAAUGGAGCAAGCAAGCCAAUUUAUAUGACAACUGUGCACUGUGGAAUGGAUUAUGUGCCUUUCUGUACUUUGGACUUGUACAGAAGUGUUUCACUGCAGUUGUGUAUUAUUCCUGGUUCCGCAAGCUCAGUUUUUUUUUUUUAGUGCAUUUGAAACGUCAACAGGGAAGUGAUGCAGGCACUUCUCAUAAUGUUCAGACCACCUUGCUUAUAGUGAGGCGUGCUGAGAUGAGCACAAUAACAGAUGGCCUGCCUGGUGGCAUGUUGUUCCAUGCUGAACCUCUCCAACAAUAUCUGGCAAUAAUCUGAACACUGCAUUUCAGCCUCCAUGCUCGCACCAAACAGCAGAAAAGCUGCCAUUGGUGUGUUUACGUCUACUAUUCAACAGCAGUAUGUAGUGUAGAGCCCUCAAAGGACCUCAGGGACGGUAUUACAGUGGAUUUAACUGGACACCGGCUGCACAGUAAACCAGCCUCAGGUUUCCAAAACAAAAGAUUGUUUUGUAUCCUUCCCCCUGGAUGCUGGCAUCUCUCUUCCACCAUCUAUAUCGCCCACAUUAUUGAUGUACUACUGACCUUUACUUCCUGUGGGGCGUCUUCAACAACAAAAGAUAUUUGCAACUUUUAAUGCAUUAAUGACUUGUCCACAUCCAAACAACCAGCCAUAAUAUUAACCAAGCACCGCUUGAUGGAUUGUUUGUAUGAUUGUUUUUCCCUUCCUGGUUCUGGCUGUAUGUUGAAGGAGCAGGCCAGCCGCUCACCUAGUUGCAGCCGUUUGAUUGACAGCUGAAUAGCUCAGUGUAUGGUGAGGCGAUGCUUCCUGGGCAUCCUGUUUCUCUCGGUGUGCUGCUGCUAUGUGAUAGCCGGAGUUUUAUUCCGUGUCUCAGUAAGCGGACAGACAUGCUGCCUCCCCUGCCAAGCAGUAAGAGCCGACCUGACCGCGAAGACGGCCAGAUGAAAUGGUGCCCUGCUGUCUGCAACUGAGUUCAACUGGGGUUGAACGGGCACCAUGACGGCCUGUCAGGGGACGAAGCCAAAGGGCUGCUAGAUCGCUGGUCGCAGUUAACUUUUUAUUCUUCUCGGAGGUGUUAAGAAAUGCUCAACAUGAUUCCAAUAAUUUGUCUGGCGAUGCUGCUUCCUGAAGUGGCUCACUCGGCUCAGGGUCACUAUGCCCACAAGCUUCUGAAUGAUUUGAUGGAGAAUUAUUCCAGCGCUCUGCGGCCUGUUGAGGACACGGACCUAGCCCUCAACGUCACCUUACAGAUCACCCUCUCUCAGAUCAAAGACAUGGAUGAGAGGAACCAGGUGCUGAUUGCCUACCUGUGGAUCAGGCAGACGUGGCAUGAUGCUUACCUGAAGUGGGAUAAAGAGGCCUAUGACGGACUGGAGGUGAUCCACAUCCCCAGCAGCCUUGUGUGGAGGCCCGACCUCGUCCUCUAUAACAAAGCUGACGAUGACUUCUCAGGGCCGAUGGACACCAACGUGAGACUGCGCUACAAUGGAGAGAUAACCUGGGAUGCUCCUGCCAUCACCAAGAGCUCCUGUGUGGUGGACGUGUCCUACUUCCCCUUUGACAGCCAGGAAUGUAACCUGACUUUUGGUUCAUGGACCUACAAUGGCAACCAGGUAGACAUCAUUAUGGGCAGGGACAGUGGGGACCUGUCAGACUUUGUGGAAAAUGUGGAGUGGAAGUGCCACGGAAUGCCGGCCACCAAGAACGUCAUCAUGUACGGCUGUUGCUCUGACCCGUACCCAGACAUCACCUAUACGGUGCUCCUGCAGCGCCGCUCCUCCUUUUACAUCUUCAACCUCCUCCUCCCCUGCUUCCUCAUCUCCUUCUUGGCUCCGCUGGGUUUCUACCUGCCUGCAGACUCUGGGGAGAAGGUUUCCCUCGGAGUGACUGUUCUUCUGGCUCUCACUGUGUUCCAGCUGAUGGUGGCAGAGAGCAUGCCUCCGUCUGAGAGUGUGCCACUAAUAGGGAAGUACUAUAUUGCCACUAUGACCAUGGUCACCGCCUCCACAUCUCUCACCAUCUUCAUCAUGAACAUCCACUUCUGUGGUGCAGAGGCCAAACCAGUCCCCCACUGGGCAAAAGUCCUCAUCAUUGACUACAUGUCCAAAAUUUUCUUUGUUUAUGAGGUGGGCGAGAACUGUGCUUCUGCCUCCUCCUCUUCCUCUUCUUCUUCUUCGUCUUCUCACUUCCCCCAGGAAGACAUACAUCCCCAGCACCUCAACCCCCAUAUUCAUGCGAAUGGUAAACCAGGGAGCCACAGUAGCCGACAGGACAAUCAGGGUCACAAAUACCCCAGACCUCAGACCCCCAAGCCACAACACCAUCCCAGAGUGAAAGCCCAGCACCACAUCACCAGAGAAGAGAGCAGCCAUUUCUCCAGCUUUGCACCUGGGAAAUAUGAAGGCUCUAAUGGGAAAAUCCCAACAGGUGACUGCUGUAAAGAAGACCAGAAGGUUCCCUGCUGCCCUGAAGACAAAAAGCCUCCACCUCAAGGCCCCACUGUGACCUUUGGCCCCUGUGUAUUCUGCAGUGGCUUCCCUGGUGUGGACACCAAGCUGGUGCGCAAUGUUGAAUAUAUCGCCAACUGUUUCCGAGAGCAGAGGGCCACAUGCGCCAAAGGGGCAGAAUGGAAGAAGAUUGCUAAGGUGAUGGACAGAUUCUUCAUGUGGAUCUUCUUUAUCAUGGUCUUCCUCAUGAGCAUCCUCAUCAUCGGCAAUGCGCCGUGAUGCUUUUUGAAAAAUAUUUGGCUCAGUGAACUCUUUUUGGUCAAAUUAAAAAAGUCAAAGAGACUAUUAGGUUGUUUUUUUACAAACAGGUAUGUUGAAAAUGAUAUGGACUUUGUGGCUUUUCAAUUAUUUAUAAUAACGGUAUAGAUUACAGUGAUGUGAAAAUAAACACAUUUUACCUUUACUCUUUUGGCCAUGUCCAUACAUCACAGGCUAUAUUCUUGAAUAUUAACAUGUUGAAACAAUAAUUUCUUGCACAUGAUAAUUCUGUGUCCUACAUAGCAACAAUAUGUUCUUUGGUCUUCAUCUAAAACAAAACAAAAGUGCAGAGAACUUAUAAUGAAAGGCACAUUGUUUGUUAUUGUUUUCUGCUGCCUGCAGCUCUGCAUGCACUGUGGCUACUUUGCUUGCUUCCUAUACAAUCUUUACCAUCUCUAUCUUAAAAGUAUGUUGUAAAUGUGCAGCUUGGAGCCAUCCCCAUCAAUUGUGGCUUUGAUGUACAGGUAUUUCAUCAUCUGACCAUUGAAUACAUGUAAGGGGAUCUUCAAUUAAGUUAAAAUAUGACCAGUGGAGACAGCACAUGUCUUAUUCACAACUGUGAAAUCAGACUCCUGGGGCUGAGAGGUCCAGCGUCAGCGCACACUCGGGACACACAGAAUCAUUUCUCUGGUCAAAAUCAUCCAGUGAAUAGUUAAUGAGCAAGCUUUGUUUGUAGCACAGCCAGGACAGAGAGGAUGUAAGUUAAUAUGGAUCAUCAAUUAUGUAACACAACGUGCACACUCUGACACCCACCUCUUCCAAAAUCCCCAUACCGUGAAUUUGGAAAGUCAGGUCAAGUUAGGUCAGUGUGUGUCUGUAUGUGUAUAAUUGUGUGUGUGUGUGUGUGGAGAAAAAAACAGGAAGAAAUUAAGAACAAAAGGGAAGAAAAGGAAACUGUUGUGGAUACCAGAAGUGGAAAGUAAACUGACAUAACACAUUAACGCAUGUUGCAUUUAUGAACAUGAUGUAUUGCUAUAGAUUUCAUCUUCCUUCCCCGUUC